AUGGGUUCAGGGAGCAGAAUUAAGUUUGCCAUUUGUGAAGUACUGCAGUUUGCUGCAUUCUGUGUACCAUUUUUCAUUGUGAUGCAGCGCUUUGCCUUCAUCCUAGCACAAGCGAAGAGGCAGAUGCAGCCCUCUGGUGGAAACUCUAGCAUGGCUUACUGGUUGAUCGUGACUUCGUCUGUUGCCUAUCUGACAACUGUGGCACUUUUGGUGUGGCUGCCAAUUAAAUACAUGGUGUUCAUGAAGAAGAAAGCCCUGGUUGGGAGAAAGAAGUGGAGACCUGUUGCUCUGGCUUAUGUGCUGCUCUCCACACUACCCACCUUUGCAUUCCUAAUAGCCAGUUCUGAGGUGCAGAUUAGAAAUAAUAUGCAGUUUGAUACAUUCCCUGAGUUACCUGUGUCUUUAGUCCUAUUUUCACUCAUCCUAGUUGACAUUGUGGAAAGAAUCCGUCACUGCAGACUCACUGGACGGGUUAAUGAAGUACACCGAAAUGCAGACAUCCCAACCCUUAGCCACAUUGAGAUGAUGAUGCCAAUAGCCACUACAGCCACUGUGCCAUCUCCAGCAGCAGCAAGUACUAUUAUGGGGCAAAUACAAAAUGGCGCAAGGGCAACUAAUGGGCACACAACAAGGAUACCUGGAAGAACUGCAAUUACAGGGUUAUCAGGCAACGGUAUGGUUGGUGGGUUGCCUGCCAAUGGGACAAUUACCGGGAUUCCAGUCAACACAACUGGUCCAGCUGUGCCCAACAUUGGAGCAGUUCCAGUACUGUCAACCAAUAACCAGAGGCAACCAUAUACUAUACCUGGGAUUUGUCCAAGCACUAGCCUUCCAUUAGGAAAUUUGGAAUAUGGCUCUGCAUACACAGGGCCACUUCACUUUUUGCUAGCAAGCGAUGUGCGUGCUGAAGCUUUUGCUGAUAGCUUCCUGUUUUGGUUGGACACAGCUGAAAUGGUGCGAGUUGUAAAUCACACCUCUGUCUACUUCUCAGGUUGGGCUUUACCAGUGUACCUCUUAAGCUAUCUUUCAAUGCUGCGACUGGCUCUAAUGCCCCACAGUCCCCUUCUCUCACCACUGGGGGUGGCCCUACAGGACCUCCCCUUCCUUGUUUUAAGAGUGGCCCUUCUAGCCAUUUUUGGGUUUGUCACACCAAUCCUGUUUGUGAUGAAGAACUUCUUGGUGUGUUUGGCUUACAUUUACUUUAACUUCAUGACCAAGCUUAAAGUUUUCAACACUGAGAGGAUGUUCUGACUGGGCUCAUAUGUAAAGAUACAUUGAACUGAACAGCAGAAGAAAAUAAAAUUAUACUGACUAUUAUAGUCAAUCUGAACUGCCGUAAGGCUGGAUUAGAAAUGGAUCUGCUUUCAUAUCACACAAUUUAUGUAGUAGAUACGGUGCUGUUGCAUAUAUUGUCAUUACAAAAAACAAAAAUGACAUUAAUACUAUGUUUUCUCACUAACUUAAUGAAUGAUUUAAUGUAUUACUAUAAAGAAUUGGCAGUUCCAUAAGAUUUGUGUUUUGUAAGAGACAUAACUGAAAUCCUAUUUGUUGCAUUUUGUUUGUUUCAAAUGAUAUAAGUUUAUUCAUAUUUCAUGUUACUUUAUCUUAAUUUUCAUGUAGAUUAAACAUUUGUACACGAAUAGAUGC